AUGUCGUCGGAGGAAGAUAAGACCACGAGGAUCUCUAUCGAACCGGAGAAACAAUCACUUCUCGAUCAUCACACCGAGAAACAUUUCACCGCCGGAGAAGUCGUCCGUGACAUCAUCAUCGGUGUCUCCGACGGUUUAACCGUUCCUUUUGCACUCGCNGCCGGACUNUCCGGUGCGAAAGCUUCUUCUUCUAUCGUACUCACCGCCGGAAUCGCCGAAGUCGCCGCCGGUGCUAUCUCCAUGGGACUCGGCGGGUAG